CUCCCCUUCCCCGCUCAGUCCACUUGGAGAUUUCUUGGCUUUUGUUGUUUUUGUCGCAAUUCGCUCACAAAAAACAAGAUUUAUUUGUUUCCACCACGUGAAGCCGCUUGGCUAAGAGCUUUAAAACCCGCGGACGGUUAACAGAGUGAGGAAAAGGAGCCGAGGAGAGCGGGAAACAUGCGUUUAAUCCACAACAUGACGACCAUCGCGGAGUGCUCAACGCCGGACUGCUCGCCACCCAACCGGGCGAUCAAAAUCGCCGUGAUCGGAGGUGGCGGCGUGGGCAAAACCGCGCUCGUUGUUCGCUUCCUGACGAGGAGGUUUAUUGGGGACUACGAGAGGAAUGCUGGCAACCUGUACUCCAGAGAGGUCCAAGUGGACGGCGAGCAAGUCAGCCUCCAGGUUCAGGACACGCCCGGCGUUGAGAUGAGCGACAACGGCGCGGUCCUGUCCGACCACGUGUCGUGCUCGCUGCAGUGGGCCGACGCGGUGGUGCUGGUGUACUCCGUCACGGACCGCCGCAGCUUCGACCUGGUGUCGCAGUUGCAUCAGCGGGUGGCGCAGUGCGGUAGCGGCGGGCCCCCCGUGGUCCUGCUGGCCAACAAGGCGGACCUGGUCCACCUGCGGGGCGUGGACCCCCAGCAGGGCCCCCUGCUGGCCGGCGCGCUGGGCUGCGCCUUCUACGAGGUGUCGGCCAGCGAGGACUACAGCCAGGUCCACGAGGCCUUCCACCGGCUGUGCUGUCAGCUGGCCAAGCGGCGCCCGCCCGCGUCGCAGCCCGCCGAGAAACGGCGGCCCAAGUCGCCCAACAUGCAGGACCUGAAGCGGCGCUUCAAGCAGGCGCUCUCCGCCAAGGUCCGGACGGUCACAUCCGUGUGAGGGAUUUUUUUUUUUUUCCUUUUCCUCCCCCCGUUUUCUGAGAAGAUGCUUCUCAAGUGACGUCCUGAACGAGGACGACCACGACGACGAGUGUGGGGCGGUCUUCCGGUUUUGCCUCUGGAAAGGCGGCGGGCCGUUCCUCCGGACUGCUCCGCCACCACGCACGCGAACACGCACACAAGGUGGGACACAAAAUGGCGGCAGGGCGUAGUAGCAUGGCGGCGUUGCGAUCACUGAUGCACUUUAAACACUGUGGGGCCCAACGGCCUGUUGUUGUUGUUGUCGGUGGCGGUUAUUUAUUUGUCGACGGUUCACAUGGUUUGUGUUCACAAUAAAAGGAUGAAUAUUA